AUGAAGCCAAUCAUCGUUAAAAACGAUAUCAAACUGAAAUAUGUUUUUCACGGAGUCGAACAUCUUGGUGGAAGUGAACCACUUGACAGCGAUGUUUAUGACAUCGAAGGGCUCAAAUGGUAAGCGGAAAAGUUACUAGGGCUUUUUUUGAGUCCAAUCUUGCCUAUGUUCCUUUAAAUUCCAAAACCCACUAGAAAUGAAAAGAAAAUGAGUUUUGUUAUCAAUCGGAAUUCAUGAAAAGCAAGAAAAAAAAAUUUAAAAGCGAAAAAAUAAACAAAUUGUUUUUAGGGAUGAUUCACGAACGAAAAAAAAUGUUAAAAAAUCUUUUUUUAACAUCGAAAGAUGAAUUCACGAAAAGUCAAAAUAUGUCGAAAAAAAAAUUAUAGGUCAAAGUAGUUUUUUCAAAGUUUUUCAGCCAAAAAUGAUGACAAAUCGAUAUUUUUUAAGCUUCUGGAGUAAUUUCUGAUUAAAACAAGCUUCGAGAACCCUAUUUUGCUUUAUUUUAUGAAUUUUUUCGAAAUUUAUCAGAAAAAAUCAGCAAAAAGUGAAUUCCAAGGUCAAUUUUCAUCAGAAAUUACUCCAGAAGCAUAGAAAAUAUCGAUUUGUCAUCAUUUUUGGCUGAAAAACUCGAAAAACUAAUUUUGACCUACAAUGUUUUUCGACAUUUUUUGACACCUUUGUGAUUUGAUCUUUCAAUGUUAAAAAAAAAAAAUUUUUCGUUCACGAAUCAGCCCUCUAGAGAAAAUUAGGGUAACUGUGCCACUUUGCGGAAGCUUGCGAUCAUCUCACAUCUCAAAAAUUACAGGGAAUUCUACAUUUGGGGUGAUUGGGGUCCAAUCGAUCAUGUUUCUUUGGAUUAUAGUCAAAAAAACAAAAAUUGGGCAGAUGGAAGAUGGUUUGCCGAAACAAAAGGAACCUAUGAAAAUUUCGAAGAAAAGUAA